GUCGGGCAUCGUGUGGACCUUCAUUAGACGUGCUGAUGACUUUGCUGGAAUUGGGCGUAAACAGGUACAAGCAACUUUUGAGCCAAAGAAAAACGAUCUACGAGAAGCUGAAGUCGGCUUUGCAGAUCGUAGCUGCAAAACACGGGGAGCGAAUCUUGGAAACGAAGAGUAACAAUAUUUCUUUGGCAUUUACGCUCGACAAUUACCCGAAAGAAGACGUUUCCAAACUGGGAUCUAUGUUGUUUACUAGGAAUGUUUCGGGGGCUAGAGUCGUUUCUGGAUUGGAAACGAAAACCGUGGCUGAUGUUCGAUUAUGU